AUGACUUCUCAAGAGAAUACAGAAGAACUGCCUUUUGCAGAUAUAUUUGAUGAAGAUGAAACUGAAAGGGAUUUUUUACUUUCCAAACCUGUUUGCUUUAUUAUAUUUGGGAAACCAGGAGUUGGCAAGACAACCUUAGCUCAACACUUGGCCCAGGCAUGGAAAUGUAUUCGUGUUGAAGCUUUACCAGUAUUAGAAGAACACAUUGCUGGUGAAACGGAAUCAGGAAUUAUGUUGCAAUCGAUGCUAGUCAGCGGCUACAGCAUUCCAGAUGAAAUUGUCAUAAAGCUAAUGAUAGAGAAGCUCAACUCCACAGAAGUCUCUCAUUUUGGCUACGUUAUCACAGAAAUCCCAACACUGGCGCAGGAUUCUAUAUCUACUUUGCAGCAAAUGGAAUUAGUUAAAAAUUUAAAAAUGAAACCUGAUAUAAUAAUCAAUAUUAAGUGCCCUGACUAUGAUUUAUGCCAAAGAACUACUGGGCAAAGACAACACAAUAUUACAGGACAUAUAUAUACUAGAGAGCAGUGGGACCCUGAAAUCAUUGAAAGCCAUAGGAAAAAGAAGAAAGAGACCCCAAAAGAAGGAAAAGCUGAAGAGGAAGAAGAAGAAGAAGAGCAAGAAGAAGAAGAGACAUUUCUUGCUGAAAUGCAGGUGGUAGCUGAAAUUCUCCACCAUCUAAUUCAAAGGCCCGAGGAUUACUUGGAAAAUGCCAAAGAAGUUAUCAGACUUUAUAAGGAAACAGUUCUUCAUACAUUAGAAGAAACAAUGGCUGAACACAAUCCUCAGUAUCUUGUUGAGCUAGAUGGAAAUAGAACACCAGAGGAGCUCUUCACAGUGAUUUUAGAGCGACUGAAGUACCUGAACCUAAGAAGAGCAGGUGUUUUAACCAAACUUCAGAGUUCAGAGGAGGAAAUGACUGACAUGAUGGAAACUGAAGAAGACUUGUUCCGAACUCUUGCGUCCUAUAAACUUAUUGCACCAAGGUAUAGGUGGUACAGAAGCAGAUGGGGACGUAUGUGUCCAGUAGCUUUAAAGGACGGUAUAAUUUUUUCAGGAUCCUCAGAUUUUGCUGUUAGCUUUCUAGGUAAAAUGUACUGCCUCUCAUCAGACGAAACAUUGAAAAAAUUUUUACUGAACCCACGUCCCUACCUUCUUCCACCUAUGCCAACACCACCAUGCAAAUUGGUUGUAUUGGGGCCUCCGUACUCAGGGAAGACAACACUUGCCAAUUUGGUUGCAGAACAUUACAAAGGAAAGAUAAAGAAACUAAGGAUUAGAGAAGGAACUAUUUCUGAAAGAUUUUAUUACUUAAUUCUCUUGGGUUUUCCAGGUAGCCAGUCAUAUCUUUUGAAAAGAAUUGGUACACCAGUAAAAGUAGCUGAGAAAAAGGAGACGGAAGAAUUUCAAGAGGCAGUAGAUGCAAACAAAGAAGAAUUACAGUCUUUGCCUUAUGAAGAAGCACCUUCUCAGGAAUUUCCUAGAGACGUGUCGGCAGAAGUCUCUGAAGAAAUCAAAAUAAAUACCCUGGACAGUCAAGAAACUAAAGAUGAUGAAAAAGGAACCAGUGAAAUGAGUUCUGAAGACUUUAAUCAAGAGCUAAAGACAGAAUCAGAAGUCUCAACAGAAGACUCACUGGCAAAAAUAAAUGCAGAUCAUCCAGAUGUUGUUGCCAUAGUAGCUGACACUCUAAAAUUUAUAAAGGAUGUGAAUUUUGAACAGCCUUAUGAAAAAUAUGCUGAGAUCUUACGUGAAGUCCUCAAAGAGGUAAUCGAACAAAACAAAGACAGGUUUCCUGGUGCUCCAAAAUAUGGAGGAUGGAUCAUAGACAACUGCCCUACUGUGAAAGAACUGUGGACAGCCUUGAUUGAGAAAGGAUCUGUACCUGAUUUGGUGGUCUGUUUAACAGAUACAGAAAAUGAUGGAAAAUAUUUACUUGACAGAGCAUAUUUCCAAAAUAAGCCUGAAAUUGAUGCUAAGAUUUUAGAAAGAAUUUCAAUGGAACUACAAAAGAAAAAGGAAGAUGAAGCAGCAAUAAGAAAAGCCAAAGAGGAAGCAUUAAAACUGGAAGAGGAAGAGCGGAAAAUAAUGGAAACGAUAAACAAGAAAGCAAAAGAAGCUGACGAGACUGAAAUUGAGAAUGAAGAAGAGCUUGAAGGUAAGGAUCCUGAAGACCGUGAUGAGCCCGAGCCAUCUGAAAUAUCCGAUGAAACCAGAGGGUCAUUGUUCCCAGAGCAGGCUGAUUCUCUUGGGCGCCAGGAAAGAAAACGUCCAUCAGUCACUGAGCCUAGAGUGGUUACUCCAGCUCGAACAGAAACUUCAAAAGGAUCUACAGAGGGCACAGAAACAGGUAGACUAUGCAAUGAUAAUGCUGUACUGCCUGAGUUUCCAGAAGAUUCUUAUCCUGAUGUCCCAGAAAUGGAGCCAUUUAAAGAAAAAAUAAAUACUUUCGCAGCCGCCUUGAAACUGCUGGAACCAAUAUUAAAUGAAUCUUCAAUUCCAUCUUUAACCAUGGAGAUUGCCAACAAAACACCAGAAGAGGUGUUUCAAAAAGUACUUGAUACCAUGGAAAAAACUUUCCGAUAUGCUGCAUUGGAGUUAACUAUGGAAGACUAUGAGGAAGAAACAGAAGACUUUCAGGCAGAGGGAGAAGAUGAGGAGUUAGAAGAAGAGGAGGAAGAAGAAGAAGAGAAUGAAGAAAAAGUUAAAGAGAAGAAGAGGCACUUGGGAGACACAAGACACUUCUGUCCAGUGGCUCUCAAAGAAAACUUCAUCCUACAGCCAGGCAGCACAGAUGAAGCAGUCAAGUAUCGCGAUAAGAUCUACUACUUCUCCACUGUGGAGGCUAAGGAAAAGUUUUUGGAGCAUCCUUAUGAGUAUGUGGCUCAUGGCCAACCGUUAAAGGCCCCACCAAUAAGAAUAUGCCUCCUGGGUCCCCGAGGCUCCGGCAAAACAGUGCAUGCAAGAUAUUUGGCCAAAAAGUUUGGCAUUUUUCAUAUUCAAUUUGAUGAAUUUCUUCAAGAAAAAAUGCUACUCAAAACUGAAAGGAAAUUCGGACCUGAUUAUGAGGAUGAUUCUGAGGAGGAACAAGUUACAAAACAAGAACUUGAAGAGCUUGCAAUUCAGGCCAAUGUUAAAUUUGAAGAAGAAACCACUAAGAAGCGGCCUCUGGACGUAAAAUUUACAGAAGAAGAAGAAGCAAUCAAAGCAAGUCUGGUGGAAAAUGAACCACUGCCCCCUGAAAUUCUUAAUAUGAUUCUUUCUGAGUGGUGGCUUAAAGAACCAAUACGUUCCACGGGUUUUGUACUAGAUGGCUUCCCACGGUAUCUUGAUGAAGUCUUGUAUCUAGAGGAGCGUGGAUUUUUCCCAGAUGUUGCUGUUUUGAUACAUGUUGAAGAUCAAGAUAUUUCUGAUCGACUGCUUCCCUUCCAAAUUGCAAAAUGGAAAGCAAAACAACAGAAGAAAAUAGGCAGGAGAAAACUCAUCAAAGACAUGAAGACAAAAAUCAGGGAUGAUAUGAUAGCCAAAAGAAGGGCCGAGCUUAUUUCAGAGAGAGAGAAAAGAAGGAAACUGGAGGCUGGCCUGAGAGAAGAAGAGGACAUUAGUGAGGAAGAUCUUGAAGAAGAUGAUGAGGAUAUUGAAAACACCCUUGAAGAGGAGUUUCCAAAAGAUGAGGAAGAGAUGAGUGAGGAAGAUGAAGAACAAGAAGCCGAUGCUAUUGAGCGCCUGAAAAGUGAACUGGGAGAAAAAUUUGAAACAGAAAUGAACAGUCUGCAAAUGAUCCAAGAUGAAUUUGAGAAGGUCUUGGUACCAAUCAUUACUGUUAAUGGAGCUCGGAAAAUCCACAUUGUACAAUAUAUAUUAAACAUGAGGCUGAAGCCACUGGUGGAGAACCGUAUGAGCAUUUUUGAGAAGUGUUAUCCGAUAACAGGACAGCUUGCUGAGAAGAUGCUCACCUACACCUACAAGUACAUAAGUUCCUUUGGCUACUGGGAUCCUGUAAAGCUAAGUGAAGGAGAUACACUCAAACCAGUAGGAAAUGCACUGAAUCCAAGUUACCCUGUAAUCCAUCGGCAGUAUAUUUAUUUUUUAUCUAGUAAGGCAACUAAAGAAAAAUUUAUGAAGAAUCCAAUCAAAUAUAUCCGGCAACCUAAACCAAAGGCCACUGUGCCUGUUAGGAUUAUGAUUGUGGGGCCACCAAAAUCUGGGAAAACCACAGUUGCCAAAAGACUUGUAAGUGAGUAUGGCUUAAAGCGUUUGUCAAUUGGAGAAGCUAUGCGUGGCAUAUUAAACAAUUUCCCCCAAACAGAGCUGGCACUUAUGUUAAAUUGGCAUCUUCAUAAAGGAAUGACAGCCCCCGAUGAACUGGCUAUUGAAGCCUUAGACAUUUCCAUGAUGGAAAGCGUAUGUAACACUGCGGGUGUUGUCAUUGAUGGGUACCCUGUAACUGCAUAUCAAAUGAAGCUCUUAGAAGACAGGUCAAUCAUUCCCAUGAUCAUCUUUGAAAUGGAUGUGCCUUCCAAGGAGAUUUUCAAACGAUUGAUCUUGGAUAAAAGGAGUGAGCAAAGCUUACCUUACCCAUUGCACAAUAGUGCACAGAUUAUAGCUAUCAAGAAUGCAAAGUACAAAAAAAAUAUCAUUGAUAUUAGGAAAUAUUACCAAGAACAGCAUCAGAACUGGUAUGUGAUUGAUGGAUUUCACAAUAAGUGGUGGGUAUGGAAUGAAGUCCUUAAGAACAUUCAGACGGUGAAUACAUACAUGCAGACAUACAUGGAAAGAAUAAAAGAAGGAAAAGCUGCUUGCAUCGACAAGUUAUGUAUCACACCUCAAGAGCUGGUUUCUCGCCUGGGAGAAUUUGGACAGUACUGCCCUGUCAGCCUGGGAGAAUCCAAUGAGUUAAUUGACUGCUCUGGAACUGACUCCUUGGAAUUUGCUGCAGAAUUCAGGGGGCACUACUAUAAAAUGAGUUCUAAGGAAAAACUAAAUAAAUUUUUGGAGAACCCAGAAUUAUAUGUGCCUCCUCUAGCACCUCACCCACUCCUGUCUGAUGACAUGAUCCCCAAAAGACUGACAGUAUCGGAGCUGAAGAGUCGGUUCCCAAAGUGUGCAGAACUCCAGGGCUACUGUCCAGUGACCUAUAAGGAUGGACAACAAAGAUAUGAAGCCCUAGUACCUGGUAAUAAUGAGUAUGCCGUAGAAUAUCGAGAGCAUAUAUACAUUUGUGAGAGUGAAGAAAAACUUCAGAAAUUUUUGAGGUCACCAAUGAACUACUGGGAUCAGAAGCUUCCACAGAAACUUCCUCCAUUAAAGGAACCCAUAUCCCUUACUAGUCUUCCUUUGCCUGGAUAUCUGGAACAGGGUAUCGCAACUUCUCUAAUUAAAGCAAUGAAUGCAGCAGGAUGCCUGAAGCCAAAGUUCCCUUUCUUAAGUAUAAGGAGAUCGGCACUACUCUAUAUAGCAUUUCACCUCAAAGCAUUUAAUCCCAAAAGUUCUGAAUAUAUAAGAAGAAAGUAUAAGAAGAAGAUGGAGCAGUUUAUGGAGAGAUGUGAACUCAUAACAUACCUGGGCGCCAAGAUGACCAGAAAAUACAAGGAACCUCAGUUUCGAGCCAUUGACUUUGAUCAUAAGUUACAGACCUUUCUCUCUCUAAGAAAUAUAGACCCAGUUAAUAGCUAGUUUGCUUAUAUUACUACAAUGUGAAGCUCAAGAACAUCCAAGUGAU